AUGGGGUUUGAUAUUUUUGGUCAAGAACUAUUAGACAAAAUGAAAGUAGACUUUCCAGAGGAUUAUCUGGGUUUGGUCAGGUCUUUCGAAAACGUCAAAAGGACACUGAAACCAGACAAAACUGGUUUGGUUAAUAUAACAAUUCCAAAUACAAUUUUAGAUAAACUAUGCCAGUCAGAACUAAACGACAAUAUCCAAAAUGUCGUAGCAACGUCUGCGUUUGCUGACUACUGUAAGCUCUAUCACGAUAAAUUUCGAAUGGACGCAUCGUAUGCCAAAUCGCUUUUUGCUCUUUCAACAGAGAACAUUGUUUCUUUAAUUAAUUCUGUCAUGUAUGAAAGCCAUGCCGCAGAAGUAGGACAUAUCCUACUUGUCGGUGGGUUUGCCGAAUGCAAACUGGUUCAGGAAGCUGUUAAGGUAGGGUUCCCCGACAAACAUGUCACCGUACCGGACGAAGCGGGAAUAGCAGUUCUUAAAGGUGCCGUUUUGUUUGGAUACAAACCGGAUUCAAUAUCAUCGCGCAUAACAAGGUAUACCUAUGGUGUUGAAGUCGUGAGACUUUUUGACAAUUCUAAAGAUAGCUUAAGACGAAAAGUCUACGUCGAUGGUAAUGUUUUAUGUGACAAUGUAUUUCAACCUUUCAUGAAAGCAAAUACAUCGGUACAUAUAGGAAAGGAAUUAAAACACACCUACGGUACGUCGGAGGAAUUUCAGCAAUCACAUUUCCUGCCAAUAUAUUAUACAGAAAAAGAUAACGCUGAAUUUAUCGACGAAGGUGGCUGCUUGAAACUCGGCGAAGUUGAAGUAGAGAUACCGAAUCCCACCAAACAUUCUCGGGACGUAGAUGUCAUAUUUCACUUUGGUGAAACAGAAAUGUCUAUAACAGCUAUAGACAAAGAAUCUGGUAAAGAGUGCAAAACUACCUUUGAAAUUCAAGACUUCAAUUAA